CAGGGUCGGAGGUCACCAGGCAGGGAACCGAGCCCAAGUGGCGUGGGGAAAGGGGAUGGAGGCCGGACGUGGCCAGCGGACUCGGGGCUUGACUCACACACUCACACAAAAGAGGCCGGAAAGUGUCCGGAGGAAGCCGACGCGUCGCGGAGGACGGAUCCGGGACCCUGACGCGCCCGCCCCGCGGGGCUGUGUCCCGGGUCCACAGCCGCACUCACCCGCCGCGCUCUCCGCCACCGUCACCACCGCGGCCGCCGCCAAUGAAACUCCUCCUGUUCCUAGUGGUUUUUUCCACUUUGUUGAAUUGUUCCCAUACUCAAAAUUGCGCCAAGACACCUUGUCACCGAAAUGCAAAAUGUGAAAAAUACAAUGGAAAUGAAGCCUGCUAUUGCAACAUGGGAUUUUCAGGAAACGGCAUCACAGUUUGUGAAGAUGAUAAUGAAUGUGAAAUUUUUGCUCAGACCUGUGGCGAAAAUGCUAAUUGCACUAACACAGAAGGAAGUUAUUAUUGUAUGUGUGUACCUGGUUUUAGAUCCAGCAGUAACGAAGAAAAGUUUAUCACUAACGAUGGAACCUUCUGUAUAGAUAUAGAUGAGUGCAGUGAAUCACUUGUCUGUGGUGAUCACGCCGUAUGUGAAAAUGUCAAUGGUGGAUAUAACUGCUCCUGCAAAGAAGGUUAUCAUACAUCCACAGGAAAAUCACAGUUCACACCUAACGAUGGCACAUACUGCCAAGAAAAUGUGAAUGCAAACUGCCAUUUAGAUAAUGUCUGUAUUACUGCAAAUAUUAAUAAAACUUUAACAAAGAUCAGACCUAUAAAAGAACCCAUGGCUUUGCUGCAAGAAGUCUAUAGAAAUUCUGUGACAGAUCUUUCACCAACAGAUAUAAUUACGUAUAUAGAUAUAUUAGCUGAAUCAUCUUCAUUGCUAGGUUACAUGAACAACACUCUCUCAACCAAUGACACUCUUUCUAAUUCAACUCUAACUGAAUUUGUAAAAACCGUGAAUAAUUUUGUUCAAAGGGAUACAUUUGUAGUUUGGGACAAGUUAUCUGUGAAUCAUAGGAGAACUCAUCUUACAAAACUCAUGCACACUGUUGAACAAGCUACCUUAGGGAUAUCCCAAAGCUUCCAAAAGACCACUCAGUUUGAUACCAAUUCAACGGAUAUAGCUCUCAAAGUUUUCUUUUUUGAUUCAUAUAACAUGAAACAUAUUCAUCCUCAUAUGAAUAUGGAUGGAGAUUAUAUAAAUAUACUUCCAAAGAGAAAAGCUGCAUACGAUUCAAAUGGCAAUGUUGCAGUUGCAUUUUUAUAUUAUAAGAGUAUUGGUCGUUUGUUUUCGUCAUCUGACAACUUCUCAUCGAAACCUCAAAAUCAUAAUAAUUCUGAAGAGGAGGAAAAAGUCAUCUCUUCAGUAAUUUCAGUCUCAAUGAGCUCAAACCCACCUACAUUAUAUGAACUUGAAAAAAUAACAUUUACAUUAAGUCACCAAAAGACGACAGAUAGGUAUAGGAGUCUAUGUGCCUUUUGGGAUUACUCACCUGAUACCAUGAAUGGCAGCUGGUCUUCAGAGGGCUGUGAGCUGACAUACUCAAAUGAGACCCACACCUCAUGCCACUGUAAUCACCUGACACAUUUUGCAAUUUUGAUGUCUUCUGGCUCUUCCAUUGGUACUAAGGAUCAUAAUAUUCUUACAAGGAUCACUCAACUAGGAAUAAUUAUUUCACUGAUUUGCCUUUCCAUAUGCAUUUUUACCUUCUGGUUCUUCAGUGAAAUUCAAAGCACCAGGACAACAAUUCACAAAAAUCUUUGCUGUAGCCUAUUUCUUGCUGAACUUGUUUUUCUUGUUGGGAUAAAUACAAGUACUAAUAAGCUCUUCUGUUCAAUCAUCGCUGGACUGCUACAUUACUUCUUUUUAGCUGCUUUUGCAUGGAUGUGCAUUGAAGGCAUAUAUCUCUAUCUCAUUGUUGCGGGAGUCAUCUACAACAAGGGAUUUUUGCACAAGAAUUUUUAUAUCUUUGGCUACCUAAGCCCAGCCGUGGUAGUCGGAUUUUCAGCAGCACUAGGAUACAGAUAUUAUGGCACAACCAAAGUAUGUUGGCUUAGCACCGAAAACAACUUUAUUUGGAGUUUUAUAGGACCAGCAUGCCUAAUCAUUCUUGUGAAUCUCUUGGCUUUUGGAGUUAUCAUAUACAAAGUUUUCCGUCACACUGCAGGGUUGAAACCAGAAGUUAGUUGCCUUGAGAACAUAAGGUCUUGUGCAAGAGGAGCCCUGGCUCUCCUGUUCCUUCUCGGCACCACCUGGAUCUUUGGGGUUCUCCAUGUUGUGCACCCAUCAGUGGUUACAGCUUACCUCUUCACAAUCAGCAAUGCUUUCCAGGGGAUGUUCAUUUUCUUAUUCCUGUGUGUUUUAUCUAGAAAGAUUCAAGAAGAAUAUUGCAGAUUGUUCAAAAAUGUACCCUGUUGUUUUGGAUGUUUAAAGUAAACAUAGAGAAUGAUGGAUAAUUACAGCUUCACAAAAGUAAAAAAUCCAAGCAGUGAGUGACCAAUGUAUAAAAAUGACUCUAUCAAAUUGUGCAAUUAUUACUAGACAAAAAGUAUUUUAAAUCAGUUUUUCUGUUUACACUAUAGGAACUGUAGAUAAUGAGGUAAAAUUAUGUAUCAUAUAGAUAUGGCAUGCUUUUCUACAUGAAAUAGUUCUGUCAAAAAUUGUAUUGCAGAUAUUUGGGAAGUAAUUGGUUUCUCAGGAGUGGUAUCACUGCGCCCAAGGAAAGAUUUUCUUUCUAACACAAGAAAUAUAUGAAUGUCCUGAAGGAAACCACUGGCUUGAUAUUUUUGUGACUCAUGUUGCCUUUGAAACUAGUCCCCUACCACCUUGGUAAUGAGCUCUGCUACAGAAAGUGUGACAUAAGAGAAUGAAGGGGCAGAAUAUCAAACAGCGAAAAGGGAAUGGUUGUUAUCAUAAUGAGAUGUAUUUUGAAUAAACUUGUUUUUCUGUAGACUACCUGAGAAAUUGUUGAGAUAAAAUAAAGAAUUGAAGAAACGCAGCUUACUAUUU